AUGAAACGCGCGCGAGAGGCGCAGAAGGAGUUGCAAAGGAAAACGGAGGUGUUGGCAUCGGCGAGAGGAGGAGGCGCGAGGGAGAAGAAGGAGACGACGAAGACGACGACGAAGGAUGUGGAGGCGAGAGAAGGCGAAGAGAAGGAGAACGGGGCGAGAAAGAUGAAGAAGACGAAGGCGAGUGAAGUCAAAGACAGGGAAGAAAAAAGGAUUGAAAGGGAUCGUCGUCCAUCGGAAAAGUUGUUUCCAGCGAUGACGCCGAGAAAGCCGCCGCAAUCGGCGAGAGGUAGAGGGAAAGGUAGCGUAAAUGAGACCGCGCGAAAGAAAGAGGAGGGAGACGGGAAGAAUAGGAAAAUCGCGAAGAGAACGACGACGACGACGGCGGCGGUAACCGCGAGAGAAACCACAAGAGAGCACGAGAAGUACGCGAAUAUGAACGUCAUCGCCGGGGCAAUCCAUCAACUCGAAAAAAGCUUUUCGUCGUCAAAGUCAAACAAUCGAGAAACUAUCGCCGCCGCCGCCAAAGAAGAAGUAGAAGAAGACGCUUUACUACUUUUCGAGAAACCAUCAUCGGGCAAGGAUACCAUUAAAGAUGCUCCGGUUAUUAUCAUCGAUGGAAAGGAAACGAUGGAGGCUAAAGUCAUACGCGAGUCGAUGUCGGCGAAUCACGCGCUACGCUUUCACAAAGAGCGAUUGGAAGAGGAAGACGUGCGGGAUUUAGACGCGCGCGUAAACGACGAAACGAACGACUUUCGCGUGUUUUAUUUACCUCCGCCACGAAGCAAACCGAAAACGCAGAAAACGACAGGAAGUGGAGGACUCAGCGCAAUCACUGCGUUUGCGCAACAGCAAUCGAAGUCGACGAAAAGGAAAACAUCCUCGAUAAAGAGUACCACGAGUCGUACGGAUUCCAAAGGCGAUUAUCGAGCGCGCCCGGGCGACCAUCUCGCCUUUCGCUUCGAGGUGAAAGAGACGCUCGGAUCCGGCACGUUUGGUCGCGUGGUGAAGUGCGUCGACCACGACGUGCGUUCACACGACGAAAAUACCGGACAAAAGCGUUCGGUGGCGAUAAAAAUAAUCAAGAACAAAGAAGAGUAUCGCAUUCAAGCAAGGACGGAACUCGCCGUGCUCGAAGCGAUUGAAUCCGCUCGAAUCGGUCUCGCAGAGGACGAAGAAGAAAAAGAAAGAGAAGAAAAAAGAGAAAGAGCGCGAAUGAAACGAAACGCGGAGUGCGUCGUUCGAGCUAUUGAACAUUUCAACUUUCGAACGCACGCUUGCAUCGUGUUCGAGUUGUUGCAAUGCAAUUUGUACGAGUGGAUGGUAGAUCAGCGCUUCACCGGCGCCUCGGAACGCGUGUGCAAAACCGUCGCCAAACAGCUCGCUCGAGCGCUGUCCUUUCUCAAAUCGCUCGGCAUUAUCCAUUGCGACGUUAAGCCAGAGAAUAUUUUACUCGAAAGAAGGAGCGAAACGGUGUCGGUAAAUCCGCUCUCAAAGGUAUCAUCUUACCCUUCCACCGCGCGCGCUGGUUUCACUUCUUCGACUCAAAAAUACGACGCCGGCAACGGGAACAACAUUCGCGUCAAACUCAUCGAUUUCGGCUCCUCGUGCUUCGCCCACGUCCCGCGCAUCUACCCGUACGUCCAAUCUCGAUUCUAUCGCGCACCAGAAGUCAUGCUUCGCGACCGCGAAUACGACCAAUCCAUCGAUAUGUGGUCAUUCGCGUGUGUUUUAGCCGAACUCAAACGAGGUUCGCCGAUUUGGCCCGGGACGGACGAAGCCGAACAAUUGGAAUUGGCAAAAGAAACCUUGGGCGCACCGUCGAGCGCAUUUCUUAACAAACUCAGACGCGAAGAGGAAUCUAGAAAGACGUCGUCCGACUCGGACUUUGACGACGAAUUAACGAAGAACAGCAUGAAAAAACACGACUCCCACGCGCGCGCCUCGCUUUCGCGCGUCGUCCCAACCACGCCGAUGAAAACGAAAAAGGGCGUUAAAAGCCGCCGACUUCUCGCCGAUCGCGCGAACGAUCCCGUCGAAACCGAUGUCUUCGACGGCGAAGAAAAUGAAAACGAACAUCAUCAUCAACACCGAGACGAAGACGAAGACGACUUCGAAACAACCACCUCAAAAACAACCGCCCCGGCGGCGCCGUCCUCGGGGUCGUCCUCUUUAUUCUUACCCUUCGAAACCGCGCGCGAAAAAGCCUCGCGUCGUAAACUCGCCGCCGAAGGCCUCAAAAAAGCGCUCGGGCGAGGGUGCUCGAUAAAGUUCGCGCAGUUUUUACAAAGGUGUUUCGAGUGGGACCCGGAGGAGAGGCUGACCCCGGACGACGCGUUGCGGCACGCGUGGUUGAAAUCGUUUUCUGUCGGAUCCUCCUCUUCCUCCGAAAACGACGAAAUCGAUUUAAACCGUCCGACUGCCGACGAUGAUGGUGGUUUCUUUGCGAAAUACGGCAACAUCAAAAAUGGCAACGGCGGUUUUGAUCGGCAUCCGUCGGCGAGCGCUCGAUGA